AGAAGGUCACAUUACCCGAAAAGCAAUGCCCGACCAUCUGCAUCCAUCUACUUCUGCUGCUCUUCGCAAUUUCGUUCGUACGAAGAACGAACAAGAAUCCUGAAAACUUUCAAGUGCACGACGGGAAUCCCGUCCCACCAACGAGGGACAGACGAUUUACCGUCUAGGCGAUGGUAUCUGACAGUCCCUCGUAGAAAUUUUGUUUUCUCAAACAUUGGUCUCUAAUUACAACGACCACAGAAUUCGGAGCGCGACUGACAAUCGCAAGUCUAAAAUUCGUGGAAUUAUUCCCGCACAAAGCUUGACCCUGAUAUAGAUGCUUUGUGUGGGCCACUAUGAUUGGGCAACAGAAGCGCUCCUUAGAGCACUCUGUUUCGCCGCAGCCAACGAAGUAUCAAAAGCAGUUUGAUGACAAUUUUUGCGAGACCAGCACAAGGAUAGCAUCUUCAGCGGGUGAGCAAUUUGAUUUUCACGAGCUUUUCUCUGGGGUGCACUCCCAUCAUGCCUCUCCAUCUCCAUCAGCCACCCGCUCUGACUCCACCAGAAGUGGUGACAAGGCAUCUGCACUGGAUCCAUCAGAUCAACACAGGGAACCAAUUGUACAUUCAGAGGUAGAUCAAGGGCCUCAGUGUAGUGCAUGUCACGAGCUACCCUACCCAUCACCAGGGUAUGAAGGGUGUGAAUCAGCUGAAGCUCUAUGUACACAAACUUGCUGCGAAGAAAAGGUGGACAUUCACAAAGAGUGUGCUAGUUUUCCUUCUGAUUUGGGCAAUCAUGCACAGGGGACAAUAGGUUCCGUGGAUAUCUUUUCUGCAGAUAACUCUGGGCCUGCUCGACUACAUGCAGCUGAGGACUUAAGUUCACUUCAUGGCAAGAGCAGUCAGAAAGAGGAGCUCUUGAAGAACGCUUUUAAAUCUACUUCUUUACAAUUAGGUGGAAUCGAGUGUGGAAGUUCCUGUCAGGAGGACGAGGGACCCAGCACUACAGAUGCCUAUGAGAUGGGCAUCGAAGGAGAUCGUGCGUUUGUCGAGUGCGUACGGAAAAGUAUGGAGUCGCGACGGCUGAAUGGUUUUCGACCUUUGCUUGUAUAUCCCAGCGCAAGAGCGAGGAUCGAAGACUUCGCAAACGAGGGAGGGCUGGACGAUGAGAAGGGCGGAAAAUUCUCCCUCUUUGUUGGUGAGCAAUUUGCUGAGAGUGAUCCUUAUCAAGAGAAGGUGGAGAGAACGAUGGUGAAUGAUGGUGACCUUCAAAAGAGAGGAGUAUGUCGCCAAAUCAGCGAUCGUUUUGAGGAUCAAUUUGACAAGCAGAUUAGCAGGAAAGAGAAAGAUGCAGGUAGGCAACAUUCGUUUUACAGAGGUGGAGGUGGCCAAGCUGGUCAAAGGAUACAGUGUGCAUCCACGCGGCCUGGAAUUCCCAACUCAAUUCAAGGUUGGGAAGAUACUCAAGCUGCCCAGUCUUCCGACAGUCAGCUGCCUAAGAAUCAUGAAGGAUUGAGUAGUCCUCCAAGGCAAGAAACUACCAAGGAAGUGGGUAGAAAUAGUGAAGAGCUAGGAAGAGCGUCCAAUUCCGCCCUGGAAGGGAAUGACCGCUCUCUAAGUAGCACAUUGAUCUGGAUCAAAAGGAUGGCUCUCGAUCCAGGAAAUCCUCACAUGGGUGAAGGUGUUGAAGGAUCCGGUCAGAAUGCAGAGUGGGUGAAGGAUUGCGCUUCUCAAGCUGAAAGAAUUCGUGGACUUUUUUGUAAGAGAAAGGAGGAGAUCAGAUUGGGAGGCGCUGAGCCACAUUUGCAUCAGGCCAAGCAAAAUUCUACAUCUUAUUACUACGAGGAAUUGCCUCGGUCCGAUCACCCGUCUGUUGAACGAUUCAGAGCCUCUAGAGAGCGUGUGGCGCAAUAUGGGUAUCCGGGAUCUCCAGGUUCGCACAGGUCUUUUCAUGAAUCUUCACACUACUUGCAGAGAGGAUCAUCUCCUCAAUCUCAACAUCACUGGUCUAGUCAGACCAGUCAACGUUUGCCACGUCAGAGUAAUUUUCACUCGUCGUACAUCGAGACAGCAUAUUCAGACUACAACAAUUUGAUUGAGCGGCCUCGGAAGAGGAUACCGAUCGGAUCCGAUUUUCAGGCUCACGUACCUCCUGAGAAGUCCGUUGAAACGAAAUCUUCUUGUCAAAGGGAAGGGCCUCUUGGCGAUGAAACCCAAAGUAGCGACGAGGAUGAUGAAGAAAGCGAGCGUUGGUUUGGCAAGCAAGUCUGGCCUCCACCAGGCUUCAAUAGCUCCUCUUAUCCUGAUAUGCAAGUAGGUGUAGGGAGGGCUAUAUCAUGCACUUGUCUUGAUCCGGAAUCUAUCGAUUGUGUGAGAACUCAUGUACGUCAAGAGAAACUCCGACUCGAAAGAGAAGUAGGCCAAGCUUUCUAUACAUGGAAAUUUGAUGAAAUGGGAGAAUGUGUAUCGGAUCGCUGGACAAAGGAGGAAGAGCGAACAUUUAAAGCACUCGUGAAGAUGAACCCUCCCUCAUUGGAUAAGAACUUUUGGGAACAUCUUCCUGAAGCCUUUCCUGGCAAGAAGAUGAAGGAGUUGGUGAGUUACUACUUUAAUGUCUUCAUGCUUAAGCGUCGAGCGGUACAAAAUAGGCUGGAGGGGAGGCAAAUUGACAGUGACGAUGAUGAAACAGAGCUACCUGAGGGUGAUAGUGAAGACAGUGAGGAUUAUGAUUCUGGCGAGGAACCUGAUGAAGAAGCUGACGAAGAGGUCAGUGAGGCAGAGGAUGAUACAGACCAGCUAAACGAGUCUUAUGGAGGAGGAGAAAGGUCCGGUAAGCUUUUGGAACAUACAGGGUUCUGUGACCUUCGAGGUGUGAACCUUGUGUACUGCUCAACGAAUAUGGACAGUUUGGGUGAGGGCCCCGAUUCUGUGCACACGAAUCUUUGCCCUUCGUCGGAUUUGAACUUGGAGAACGAAGAGCAGGAUUAUCGAAGCUCCAGACGAGAAGAAAGAGACGUUAGACUCCACUCUGUUCAGUUGACGACCAAGUGGACUCUUGAACAACAUGAUGAGGAGAAGCAUGUAGAAUUACCAGUCACUGUUCUGGGAGAAGAAGAGCUUCAGGAGGUAAAAACAUGGGAGGAUCCCCAUUGGGACGAGGCGGACAAUGAUCGAGACGUUGUGAAGCAAGAUGGAGAUCUGGACGCUACUUUCUCAGGUAAAGACGACCAAGGAGCACUAUCUCCGAUUAGGAACAAUUCAGUUCAAAAGGUAAUCGGUUUUGACGAUGACCAGCAGAAUUCUUUAUCAUCUUGCGAAAGUGAGGUUUGGGUCGGGACAAUGGACACCGCUCCUAGGAAGGCUGAUGAUAAACUUUUGUCCACGAAUGGAAUGAUUCAAGAGUUGUUUGGAGAUGAUUCCCCAGAAGCUCAUUCCCCUAGCUAGCAUUAGUUUUAAUUGGAGCAGAAGACUGGGUAUUCUCAGUGGAGACCGGAUCAUCUUUCCAUGUGCUUGUAAUCUUGUGACAAGGUUCAGCUUCGAAGAAAUCAACAGCAUGAUGACUGAUGUUGUCAGGAAUGCUUUGAAAAGAGCAGUCAUUCAUAUAGAGGUAGAUACACAUGCACUGUAGGAACGUAGUGAGUCUUACGGAUUAUUACCAAUCUCGUGAAGACUCCUUCUUGAACAUUUUUCCCCCUGGCCUCUUCAACCAUUCCAAGUACCGCAUCAGCAUCAUGGCAGGAUCAGAAGAUCAACAUGGGUUCAUCACUGUUAAGCACGAGUCUAAAGGAAAGUGAGGAGGAGCUUGUACAGAUAGCUUUCUCAAGGAAGCACUCUUCUGAAUUAUGCCUCUAAUUCACGAGUUUCAUUGUGUAUAGAUUUAAUCUCGUUGAGCCUGUGCUCAGUGCGUGUCUUUGCCCAAAGAAUCAAUGUGUAACCACGGAAAAUAUAUGCACAUUGCAGUGGAAUAAUAAAUGUCGGUGUUAAGGAUGUAUGUUUGAA